GCGAUCCACAAUUUUCGGAACUGAAUGAUGUACAGGGAGAGAAGAAGGGCAUGCACCCCCUCCUCUCAUUGAACCCUCCUCCUCCUUCUCCUUUUCGGUCUCUUCCCUCCCUGGAGCUCUUUAACCCUCAACAAGCUUGCCUCCAACACGGAUUGUAUGUAGUUGUGUACCCGAAGCCGUAGUACCCACGCUCCCAAAGAUUUCGUGUAGAGGGACCAAAACUUCAUCCACAGAGUGCUACGUUUACGUUCAAUUCACAAGUAAAGUAGUCCAGUCAUAGAACUCGGAGGGAACGAGACCGGUCCAAGGGCUGCCCAAUCUAGUACACCACCAAAGAGAAGACAGAAUGGAGAGGGAGCGUUGUUCGCCCGGUAGUACUCUGCACCCUCGUUUGGUUUAAACUCCCCAAGACCAAACAAAGCUUCAGGAUCAGAAGUAGUUUUGGUGUCGAGCUGAAAAGAGACUCAUGGGGAGGCGUCUCUUUCUCGGUCAUUGACAACAAGAAUUCUCUUCACAGCUAGCUCCCAAAGCAUCACUCUGCUCGCUUGAACGCCACCGAGGCCUAACUUCCCACUCCACGUCGUCGUUCAAAGGUGUGUGAGGCGCACUGAAGACAUUUUUUGUACCCCCAUCAAAUCCAAGGCAGGUGAGAACGAGGAACAAGAAGAACAACGACGACGGCUACAACGAUGACGAAGUCGUAGGAGCGCUCAGAAAAAAGAGACAGAGAGAAAGAGACGAAGAGAGAUAGACUGGAAAAACCGAAUCCUCUUGUGCCAGUUGAAAUCUGUGCCUUGGCCAGGCCGCAUCCCGAUCGAGUCUCCUUCCCAUACUCCUCGACCACUGCUACGUUCUCAUUUCGUGUGUGUGUGUGCGUGCGUGUAUGUGGGAGCGUGAGCGUGCGUGUGUGUGGGUGCGUGCCUGAGUGCAUUUUACAUGUGAGUACAUUCGUGAGGCACUCCGAGGAAACUGUACGCACUCUUACUCACAGAGCAUUUCAGAGUUCAGCUGCUUUGCAAUCAACUACUACUUCUGAGCACUAGUACUUCUACUACCACCUCCACCUCUACCACAGCUACCAUAGCCACCACCUUCACCACCGUCUAGCAGUCGAACCUAGCUCCUCCUGAAGGACUAGAAACUGAACACAUCCUUGAUAAAAGGAGGUCGGGCCAAGGACUCGAUUGGUGGCCUGAAACAUCAUUACCACAACAACAACCGACUCAAUUAGGGACCUCAAAACCCACCUUGGGGAUUGUGCAUGAACCAUCUUGAAAGUGUAUGGACUUGGGGCCCUAGUAAACAUCUGUUUCCGGCCCAAUCAGUGAAGUUUGUGGGCGCCAGAGCUGCAUGAACCGUGUCCACACAAGUUCUUCGUCAGACACGACUUGGUGACCAAAUGAUUGCUCGUCUCCUGUAUUGGUGAUCGAACAAGAGGCGAUUUCUCACUUAUCCACUACCUCGACUAGCUCAUCCAAGUCAUAUUCCAAGCAUUUCCACCAGGUUCUAGCCGAAGCUUGGUACUUGCUGUUGAAGAAGCGCUUGGAAAUGCGAAGGGACCCCCGUGUUAUUGCCAAAAAAUACACAUCGUCAGCGUCCAAUCAAACAUCGACAUCCGCGACCUUCAUAAUCGCAUUUUAUGCCAGUUUUGGAGCAUGGAAAUCUUCCUGUGAACAACACGCCAAGCCCAAUCCGAUUUUGAGGAUUUAUCGCAUCGGUUCUCUUGCGCUUGCUUGAUCGACGUAUAAUGAAUAAUCAGGGACAUUACGUGAACGAGCGAGUUCGAUUUAUGGACAACUCCCGACAAUUUCCUGUGGUCAAUGUGCAACCUCCGCUCGCGCAGUGAUCUGAUCAGCUUGACGUGUAUGAUUGGACUUGGAGCAAUCAGCCGCAUUCAAACCGUGCUUCUGAACCUCAUUGGCAUGGUAUGCCGCCCAAUCCACAAGCAGCGAGUCAAUAUAGUUACCAGCAGCCACAUCCUCCUCAUCGUCCGCAACACCGGCAACAGCCGCAGCAGCAGCCCGUGAUCGGUGCUGUCCACACGAGACAAGUCUCUCAGGUCACGUUUCAGGGGCAACUCGAGCCGCAGCCGCAUCUUAUGUUCCAAUCGCUCAGCCAGCAGCCUCAGAGCGCCAUGCCUGCCCGUACAGCCUCAGCGGCGUCCACCACUGGAGGCCAACAAGCAAUAUUGGCGGCUGCAGCCGCUGCAGCCGUCCAAUCCGCAGCAUUCUUUCAGAACCAGUCUCAGCCUUCACAGCAACAGCAACAACAACAACAGCAGCAGCAGCAUUCGUCGCACGGUAGUGGCGAUUAUCAACCCGACCGUCCAAUCGGAUAUGGAGCCUUCGGAGUGGUUUGGUCAGUCACGGAUCCUCGAGAUGGAAAGCGCGUGGCGUUAAAAAAGCUUCCGAAUGUGUUUCAAAGCUUAGUUAGCUCCAAACGAGUCUUCAGAGAGCUCAAAAUGAUGAGAUUCUUCCAACACGAUAACGUCCUCUCCUGCCUCGACAUCCUCCAGCCACCUCACAUCGACUUCUUUCAAGAGAUUUAUAUGAUCACAGAGCUCAUGCAGUCAGAUCUUCAUAAGAUCAUUGUCUCGCCUCAAAGUCUGUCUUCAGAUCACAUCAAAGUCUUUCUCUAUCAAAUCCUAAGAGGCGUCAAGUACUUGCAUUCGGCCAAAAUCAUCCACAGGGAUAUCAAACCAGGAAACCUCCUUGUCAAUUCCAAUUGCGUUCUCAAAAUCUGCGAUUACGGCUUAGCAAGGGUACAGGAAGACGAUAAAUCAAAACAUAUGACUCAAGAGGUCGUCACUCAAUACUACCGUGCGCCCGAAAUCCUCAUGGGCGCCAAGCACUACACGAAUGCCGUGGACAUGUGGUCGGUGGGCUGCAUCUUCGGCGAACUUCUCGGCCGGAGAAUCCUCUUUCAAGCUCAGAGCCCCAUUCAACAGUUGGAGCUCAUCACGGAUCUCUUGGGCACUCCCACGGUGUCGGACAUGAAAUAUGCGUGCGAUGCGGCCAAAAGACACAUGGUGGCGCGAGGCCACAAGCAGCCCAGCAUAGGGGCGCUCUAUUCGUUGUCAGGGAGUGCCACUCACGAGGCCGUUCAUUUACUGUGCCAGAUGCUGACCUUGGACCCGGAGAAGCGGAUCAAGGUGCUUGAUGCACUCAACCAUCCCUACCUCGACGAGGGUCGACUUCGGUAUCAUUCUUGCAUGUGCACGUGCUGUGCGACGUCGAGUCAAUCUGGAAUUAGACAGUACACGCGGGACUUUGAGCCCGUGUCAGAUCAGGUGUUUGAUGACGCUUGGGAACGGGAUCUCACGUGCGUUUCGAAGGUGAAGGAACGCCUGCAUAACUUCAUCUCGGAGCAGAUCAACUCCAAUCGAGUGCCUCUCUGCAUCAAUCCAUCCUCGGCCGCCUUCAAGAGUUUUGCCAGCUCCACCGUUGCUCAUCCCAGCGAGCUACCGCCGAGCCCUCACCACUGGGAGUGAACAACCUCAAGCACUCAAGUGGCACAAACCUCACCAAUUCCCCACCCCCACCCUUCUUCCCUUUCCACAACGAUGACAUCAUGAUCAUGCCAAAGUGAACCACAACCAUUUUUCAUAUUUUUGUAUUCCUGUCGUGUUUGUGCAAGAUAAAGAAGAAACAUCACCCGCAGCACUCUGA